GAAGGAUCCUCCUCCUACUAUUAUGACUGACUAUCCCUCUAGUCCAGAUAAAUGUGAUAAUGAUAUAUCUACUGCCACGAUUGGAGAACCAAUAUGCAUUCCUUUUACACAAAAAUUUACUGUUAACCCAUCGCGUGUAAAUAUCACACAGAAGUCAUCUCAAUAUUGUAUUGCACUUCAAGGUUUUUCAGUCAAUGUUUCAUCUGAUAUUUUUGUGCGACAAAUCGGAGACUGGAUCAUUUAUUUUAACUCUUCAAGGACUUAUCAACAGUUCCGUUUUGUAAAGAAAACGGCAACAUGUGACAGUAUUGGAAUUUACGAACUGUCUUUAUAUAAUGGAGUUGAUAACUUAACUCCCUUUGAAUUCACAAUCAGAUUAAAAGACCCGACGCUACAGCAAAGUGUGACUCGUAUUUAUGGCUUUAUUCAUGUCCAUUGUGAAAUGACGGCGAAUUGUAUUGCCAGUUCUUUAGUCUUGGUUGUAAACAAUGAGCCAACGUCCAAAGAAUUACCUGACACGAAUGUUUGUAGUAACAACGAUAUGAUGGGAGGCACAAAACUCGCAGUUGACGAAACAUUUCGUAUUUCCAAGCUUUCAGUAAAUCAAACCAUCUCUUGUGUACCAGUAAUGAAAAAUAUCGAACUUGCUGCUAACCUGACAUCUACAACUACUGUUCCUUUCUGUGAGGGGGAUGAUUGUGUAUUUGGAUGCAAGGAAGAAUCUCAAAGUAUAUCAUAUUAUUCAAAUAUAGAUUUCUGUGAUAGAUUUUACCAAUGUUCAAAUGGAAUAUUGGUGUCUCAUUCUUGCGGUAAUGGCACAUAUUGGUCACCUAGCGAGUGCAAUUGUGAUCAUUUCGAUGGUGCAAUUUGUGAUCAGAAAACAAAACGAUUUUCUAAACCUGUUACCUCUAAAAAGUGCUCACCCUAAUCACAUGACUGUGAAACUUAUGAUCAACAUCAUGUCAAUGUUCGUAUUGAUAAUUCAUGAAUUAGAAACAAAAGUAAACAUGUAAUUGAAGAAAUAUAAAACAAAUUUAAUAUACUCAGAGAAAUUGUUUAAAACACCAAUAAUAAAUCAGUCUUGUUAUAAACUCUAUUGUUGUGUUCUUAAUGAACGUUUAACACACAAACUCGAUGACAUCAAAUUCUUGCAUGAUGGG